ACGAAGACGACAAGAACAGAAACAAAUACUGAGGUUAUUGGAAAACACAGAAACAGAGUUACCGACGCAAACACGAAACAGUAACACAAUCAAUCAAAUUAAGGUUACGGUUUUGAUCUUGAUGGUGUCCGUGAACCCUAACCCAGCUCAAGGCUUUUACUUCUUCGAUCCUUCCAAUAUGGCCCUUCCUGGUGUCAAUCCUCUCCCACCUCCGCCACCGCAGCCUCCUGCUCCGGCCGCAACCUCCUCCACCACCGCAGAGGACCCGAAUAAGAAGAUCCGAAAACCAUAUACGAUUACCAAGUCUAGGGAGAGCUGGACGGAGCAGGAACACGACAAGUUUCUAGAAGCUCUCCAAUUAUUUGAUCGUGACUGGAAAAAGAUUGAAGCAUUUGUCGGUUCAAAAACAGUUAUCCAGAUACGAAGUCAUGCACAAAAGUAUUUUCUUAAAGUUGAGAAGAAUGGAACAAGUGAACAUGUACCUCCUCCUCGGCCAAAGAGAAAAGCUGCUCACCCAUAUCCUCAAAAAGCUCCUAAAAUCACUCCUACUGUAUCCCAAGUCACAGGGCCAUUGCAAUCUUCAUCUGCUUUCAUUGAACCUGCCUAUAUUUAUAACCCAGAUUCAUCAUCUGUGCUUGGAACUCCAGUUACUAAUGUGCCUUUAUCAUCUAAGAAUUACAGUGCUAUACUGCCAGUUAGUGUGCCACAAGUGACUAGAGAUGACACGGGAUUGACUGGAGCUGGACAAGAUGUUCCUCCUAAUUGUUGCUACAGCAGUAGUAAUGAGAAUACACCUCCAGCCUGGCCAAGUAGCAAAGGGAUUAAUCAAGGCGACCAAGGCAAGCCAGUUAAAGUAAUGCCAGAUUUUGCACAAGUGUACAACUUCAUUGGCAGUGUAUUUGAUCCAAAUUCAACUAAUCACCUACAGAGACUGAGACAGAUGGACCCAAUAAAUGUUGAAACGGUACUGUUGUUGAUGAGAAACCUCUCCAUCAAUUUAAUGAGUCCUGAAUUUGAGGAUCAUAAGAGGCUGCUUUCAUCAUAUGAUGCUGACUCCGAGAGGGCAAAGUUUGUUAAUCUUCGUAGCAAAUCCCUCACUGACAAAUCUGAGAGUGCUGUUCUGUCUGCUUAAUGGGGUUUACCAGUGGUUUCUCCUGAAGAGAGAGAUUGAAAUAUAUUUCCUGAAUACACCUAAAUUGGGCACAAGAGGGGGAAAGGACAAAAGGUUUUACUAAAAGAAAAUGUAGCAUGUAGAUGCUUGCAUGUGUAUAUAAUACGUAUAUAUACCUUUUGGAUUGUGUUUUGUUUGUUUUAGGCUCGUUUAGGAUCUUAUGAAGAUGAUUGUCCUUGAAAUGCAGGACAAUGAGAGUCUUGUUGAGUUCACUUCUGGAGGCUAUACUGUACAGUCUGUUGAGUGCUUUUGUGUGUUAUGCUGUGAAGCUUAUUUCUAGAAUUAGAAUACAAAAGCGGUAUUAGGACUUUAGUCUUUAGAAGGUGCCGUUUGGGUUGUAUAUAAACCAAUAAAAAGUGUAUUUGAGUUUUACUUUGUUUUAAGGUGUGUAUUAUACUUAUAUAACCUGUCUUGCUACCUGGUCUCAUUGAUAUU